AUGGCGCCCCGAAAGACCUUGCUGGCUCCCAUCCACUUCAUUUUCAGCUUGUUGCAAAAGCGCAGCACGGUCUCCAUCUGGCUCUACGAGCAGCUUGCGUUCCGCAUCGAGGGAAAGAUCAGGGGAUUUGAUGAGUUCAUGAACCUGGUGGUGGAUGACGCUGUUGAGGUCCGCCUAGCUACGAAAACCGAGGAAGAGAAGCGGAGACCUCUGGGCCAAAUCCUGCUCAAGGGUGACAAUGUUUCCCUCAUCCAGGCCGUUUGA